ACAGGGCUCUCUCUUGGGGUCACUUAAAAAGCACAACCAUAAGUAUGAAAGACCACUCACAAAACCUGAAACUAUAAGAUACACACUCUCUCUCACACACCCACCACACACACAUGUUCUUGUUACCUUCUCUCAGAAAUUGACCUCAAACCUACACUAGCUACUCAUCUAUCUGAGAUAUUCAGCAUCAGGUAGACAUGGAGAACUCUGAGCUCUAUCAGUUCCUUUCAAACACCAAUCAUUCUUUCUUCCCUAAACCUGAAUCGUCCACCAUGCAACAAAGCUUCUCUGCUUCCUUUUCUUCUUACCCUUUGGAACCAUUUCAUGCACCACCUCUUCAAGAUAAAGCCCUUGCUGCUUUGAGGAACCACAAAGAGGCUGAGAAGAGAAGAAGGGAAAGAAUCAACGCACACCUCAAUAAGCUUCGCACUCUUCUUCCUUGUAACUCCAAGACCGACAAGGCUUCACUCUUGGCUAAGGUGGUCGAAAGGUUGAGGGAGUUGAAGCAGCGGAUGUCUGAAAUAACCAAUUCCGAAACGUUUCCUUCGGAGACCGACGAGAUCUCCGUUCUGUCCACCAGCGGUGACGAGGGUGGCGGUGACGGACGAGUCAUAUUCAGGGCCUCGUUGUGCUGUGAGGACCGCUCCGACCUCAUCCCCGACCUCGUCGAAAUCCUCAAGUCUCUGCACCUCACAACGCUCAAAGCCGAAAUCGCAACGCUCGGCGGAAGAACCCGCAACGUUCUCGUGGUGGCCACCGACAAAGAUCACGGCGUUGAAUCGAUCCACUUCCUGCACAGUUCGUUGAACUCUCUGCUACAACACAACGCCACAUCCAAACGACGCCGUCUCGUGGGACCAAAGUUCAUCGCUUAACUGCCUCAAACCGUUUUGCAGUUGUGACAUGAAUUAGGGUUUUGUUUCACCAUGCUGCUCUAUAAAACAAAUGAACUCAUUCCGUUAAAUUGUAAAGUGUUUACUUGAAUUCUUAUUCAGAUAAGUUAAUGAAAAAAAAAAAAAAACUACUUUAUUUAUGAAGAAGUUGGUUGAAACAUGAAAAAAAAAAAAAAAAACAUUAUAGGUUGAUGUAAAAGGGUGUAGAGGGAGAGGUUAGGGUUUGGGAAUCUUUUGCAUGUGAAAGUAGGGUAUUGCAUGUGAGUAGAGAAGGGAGAUGUGACUGAAGAGAGAAUUGUGAGGUUUGGAGAGUGAAGGAAUUGGAGUCUGUGAUUUGCUGCAAAGUAAAGGUUGUGUGAGUUUCCAAGCUCUUGAAAAUGGCAUAUUCGUUUCUCUUUCAUGUUACCUUGCACAUACACUGAUUCUAAAGAGAGCAGAGGGUGAAUAUAUGUUGGGAAGUGGCUGUUUCUUUCUGCUAAAAGUGUUUCUGUCCCCAGAAGCAGAGGAAUAUAAUGUGUUCCCAGAAGGAAAGGGGUAAAAGGUGUAUAUAUAGUCCCUGCUCAGGGACAACCUCAUCACAACAACCAAUAGGGCUUCUCUGCAAAUUUCAAAACUUCUUACUCAAUCAAACAAUCUUCAUCACAAGAAAACAACAACCUCACAGAGGAACCACCUCUUGCCCAUGCCUCCUAUAUAUUGUCACCUUGUCUAAAUUACAGAGGACAACACUCUAAUGGCAUGCAAAAAGGUUUUCAUUAUGUUUUAUUGGAAUUUUUAAAUGUGAGUAUAAAUCUCACGUAAAGUAA